GCGUGUCUGUGCCCGUACCGCAGCCUGUGCGUGUGUAUGUGUGGGCGCGGGCACAGCGCACGUCUGUGGCAGGAUGUGGAGAUACAGAAACGUUACCGUACACGGCCGGAGCGAGUCGCCAUGCUGGAGCUGCAGAGCAGCUGUGUAGGUCACUUGCUGAGACGUGGCGAACGAGCGAACGAACGAACGAACGAACGAGCGAGCGGGCGGGCGGGCAGCGGUAGGACCAUGGCAGUCGAAAGUUUAUGAGGACAGUGUGUUUAUUCGUAGGUAGAAAAAGCGCUCCAUAUAAGUCAAGGUCAGGCGGGGAGGCUGCGCAGUUUCCCCCCUCAACACAAAGUGAUUCAAUCAUCCGCAAUCUCAGGAAGUCCAGGAACUUUGCAGCCGGAACGAGUGGAAGUAUUUUUGCUAGUCUGUCUACCAAGGUGGUGUUCAGUUCAUGUGACCUGCUUUGUGUGCUCUUUUAGGCUGCUCUCUCUUUCCUUCUUGGGGAACUUUAAUCGAACUCUUAGGAAAUGAGUGCGUCCAAAAAUGGAGUGGAGCCCAAACCGGGUACAGCGCCCAAAACGAACGGACUGGACUCGGUUCCUAAACCAGCAACCCCUAAACCGGACCCACUCUCAGAGCUGGAAACGGACAGCGAGUCUCAGUCCUCGGUAGAAGACGCCAAGCACACGGGGAUUAAAUUCGUCAAGACGUUCCUGUUGGUGUUUCCUAUUUAUGUGCUGGGCUAUCUCGAGUUCAGCUUCAGCUGGAUCCUCAUCGGCCUCGCCGUGCUGUUCUGGCUCAAACGGAACCAAAGUACGAGGUUUCCGAGAGUGAACAGAGCUCUGGCCUUCUUCGAGCACGAAGAGAGAUUCGUGCGACAGAGUUUGCCAACUUCAGAGCUGCCACCGUGGGUCCACUUUCCAGAUGUGGAGAGAGUGGAAUGGCUCAAUAAGACAGUGCAGCAGAUGUGGCCGUAUAUUUGCCAAUUUGUGGAUAAACUCUUCCGCGAGACCAUCGAGCCAGCCGUCAAAGGAGCGAACUCGCACCUCAGCUCCUUCUGCUUCUCCAAGAUCGACAUGGGGGACAAGCCUUUGCGAGUAAACGGAGUGAAGGUGUACACAGAGAAUGUAGACAAACGACAGAUUAUAAUGGAUCUACAAAUAAGCUUUAUUGGAAACACAGAGAUCAACGUGGAAAUUAAGAAAUACUACUGCAAAGCUGGCAUCAAGAGCAUACAGCUACAUGGAGUGCUGAGAGUCAUCAUGGAGCCACUACUAGGAGACAUGCCUCUGAUUGGAGCACUUUCUGUUUUCUUCCUCAAAAAACCUACAUUGGACAUUAACUGGACCGGUCUAACCAACAUGCUGGACAUCCCAGGACUGAAUGGACUGUGUGAUGGAGUGAUUGAAGAUAUUAUCUGCAGUUACCUGGUGCUGCCCAAUAAAAUAUCCAUCCCACUGGUGGAUGAUGCACAAAUGGCAAAACUACGCUUCCCUGUACCUAAGGGUGUUUUGCGGGUGCAUUUUAUGGAGGCACAGGACCUGCUGGCUAAGGACACAUUUCUGGGUGGUCUGAUUAAAGGGAAAUCUGAUCCAUAUGGGGUCAUUAAAGUUGGCAACCAUCUCUUCCAGAGCAAAGUCAUCAAGGACUGCCUAAACCCUAAAUGGAAUGAAGUAUAUGAGGCGUAUGUGUAUGAUCAGCCAGGCCAGCUUCUGGAAAUUGAGUUGUUUGAUGAAGACCCUGAUGAAGAUGACUUCCUGGGCAGGCUUGUCAUUGACGUUACCGAGUUGCAGAAGGAGCAAAAAGUUGACGAGUGGUUUGUGCUGGAUGAUGUGUCCUCUGGAAAACUGCACCUAAAGCUGGAGUGGCUCACUCCUCUCUCUACAUCUGAUAAACUGGAGCAGGUGUUGAGCAGUAUUAGGGCAGAUAAAGGGCAGGCUAAUGAUGGACUCGCUUCAGCACUGCUGGUCGUACACCUGGACUCAGCUAGGAACUUGCCUCGCAAUCCAUUAGAAUUCAACCAUGCAGGUCUGAAGGAGUCCUCAAUCAAUAAAGCACUAAAGUCUGCAAAAAAGGUCAGCAGUGACCCCAGUCCCUUCGUCCAGUUUAGGGUCGGACACAAGACUUACGAGAGCAAGACACGUUAUAAAACCAAUGAGCCCGUUUGGGAGGAGGCCUUUACAUUCCUAAUACAUAACCCAAGGAGUCAGGAACUAGAAGUGGAGGUAAAGGACGAGAGGCAUGAGUGCACACUCGGGACUUUGACUCUCCCUCUGACCCAGCUGCUGGAGGCUGAGAAUAUGACCCUCAGUCACAGGUUCCCUCUGAAAAGUGCAGGGCCCAGUGCUACACUCAAAAUGAAGAUGGCACUAAGGGUUCUUAGCUUGGAGAAGUUGUCUGUGUCAGACCAGCCCUCCUCAGUGCAAGUUCGCAGUCGGAGUUCCAGUAUCGUUCCAAAUGCAUCAAAUUCCAGUGUUCCCCAAAAUUCCUCAAAUUCCAGCACCACCCCAAAACCGGCAAGUUCUGUUGUCACCCCCAAGCCUCCUACCCAGCUUCCUUCUGUUCCAGAGGCUCUCAAACCUGUCCCUGAAAACAAGCCAUUGGUAGGCCCCAUCUCUAACAGUACGCCAUCGGAGGAAUCACCUGUUCGUCUUGCAGAAACUGGAAAGAGCACGUCUAAUUUGGCAAUCUCAGGCUCCCAGCUGAAUCUGAACAGCAAAGAGCCAACACCCAGCAUCGCCUCUGACAUCUCCAACCCCUUUGCCACCCAGGAGCUACAGCACAGAAUACGGGAGCUUCAGAAUGGUUCCGCUCCUAAUCAUUUUCCCCUGGGACAGAUUGAGUUGACAAUAAGACAUAGCUCCCAUCGAAACAAGCUUGUAGUAGUGGUACACCAGUGCAGGAAUCUGAUAGCAUUCACAGACAGUGGCUCUGACCCAUACGUGCGUUUGUACUUGCUCCCGGAUAAACGACGAUCUGGACGCAGAAAAACCCACACAAUGAAGAAAAAGCUCAAUCCAACCUUUGACGAAUCAUUUGAAUUCACUGUGUCACUGGUGGAGUUGCACAGGAGGACUCUGGAUGUAGCAGUCAAGAACGGAGGAGGAAUUCUCUCCAAACACAAAGGUCUUCUGGGCAAGGUUCUGGUGGAUUUGACUUCAGAGGACAUAACAAAGGGCUGGACCCAGUGGUACGAACUAAGUGAGGAUGGACUGAAGAAGCCAUCUGCUUAAUCAGAAGACACAAUCACACCCUGCCUUUAAAAAAACUACAACUCCCUGCAUGGAGUCCCUGAACGAACUACACAAAUGUCAGCCAUAUUGAAGUGUUCUGUUUUUAGUUGAUGGGCACAUUCUGUGUAUGUAAUAUAUAUGUAUUACUCUUUUAUCAGGAUAUUUUUAUUAAGAUGACCUGCAGAGCGAGAAAGGAAUGUUUUGAAUAUCUGUUUAAGUUGCUUGUGGGUCUCUUGGGUUAAUUUGUGCAAUAGAAACAAGAGAAUGGAGCAUGUGUCUAAUAUGUAUAUAUGAGAGAGUUAACGAGUGAGGUGUUGAGAUUGAGAGAAGCUGCAUUCUGUGUCUGUGAAGCUUUGAAGGAGCUCUUCAGCAUUUUUCAAUAUAAUCUCUGUCUCCUCUGUAGCAUACAGUUGACUGUCUGACAUUUUUGUGUAACUUUUCUUUUUGUUGCUUACAAAAAUUAUAAUAGACCGGUAAUAGUGGGCACGUGCUGAAGUGACAUUGGUUUCUACUGUAAGUUUGUUUCCAAUCAAAUGGUUUACUAAGUACAGGUAAACAUAUUGACGUGAUGGUGCAUGGCAAUCAGCUGUAUGAUGCAAAUGCGGCAGAUGGGGUUAGUUUGAAAUACUCUACAGCAUUCCUUAAGGUUUCUAAACAUAAAAAACAACUCCACUGUUGUCAAGUUGUUCUUUAAAAAUAAAUAAAAACAUUAAUAUAAACAUAAUAUACAUCCAGAGUAGAAGAGAAAUGUCAUCACAGCCAGGUGUAUAUGUGUGUGCAUUCAUGGGUGUGUUUUAUCUUAAACCAAAUCUGUACCUAUACUGUCUAACCUACGACAGUUUGCACUUUGUGUGCGUGUUUGUGUGUGUGUGUGUGUGUGUGUGUUUGGGAAAAGUUCACCAGUAUCAUGUUAUUCACGGUUGUGUACAUAAUUAAUUAGAUUUUAAUAUUUACCAUGUAACACAGUCCUAAUCAUAUGAAGCACAUAUAUCAGUCUUACUGUUGCAUUAUCAUGUAUCAUAUUCCAAAUGUUCACCUAACAUGUCAUCAUCUGCAAAGGCCUUCACCCUUAAAUGCUCUAAUGCUGUGUAGAUUUGACCAAACCUUAGCCUUUUCUGUCCCCUAAUCAGGCAGGUCCUCCUUUCCCUUUAAGCUCCCCUGGACGGACCACUGUCCCUCUAACUGUCUCAGUCUCAUCUCUUCUGUUCUGUUGUUGCCUUUAUUAGUAAGGGGUUUCCUUAUUGUAUUGUUAAUUAUUAUGUUGAGAUUAGGGCAGAAUGUUCUUGAAAUGCUUCUCUGUGAAAGCUUGCCUUUCAAAUGUGUGUGUGCAUGUGUAUUCCCUGUGCCUUAUGCCUGGAUGGGUGUAUCAGAUGAGCACAUGAAGGCCAUCACAUACAGCACUUGGUUUUUAAAUGAGAAUUCCACUGAUUUUUCAGAAUUUUGCCUGAUUACAUUGCUAAGAUGUAAACGAAGUCAUACAGAGUGGUUUGAUGUGAAAUGCUCCAUUCUAAAGAAACCUACAGAGUCAGAAUUUUUCAGUGGUGGUGAUAAGAACCAAACGUCCGUAGCAUUUAGUGCCUUUGAAAACUACCUCAAAGGAAGUUAUUACAUGAAUAGCUUUAAAAAAUACGCUGAAUAAUGCCACAAGCAUUGUUUUACUAAAGUUUUAAGGUAAGCUUUUGGCCUGAAACUUUUUUUUUAUCUAUUCAUGGCAGAAAGGUACAUGCAGGGUGUUUUAAGACAAAAUAAUAUCCUAAGAAAACACACUUCUAUUUCAUCGUUUCAUACAUAUUACAUAAAUAAUAUAAGUUCAGAAGACAUGUAGAUUCACCGGUCAUUGUGGAUAGUAAAUAAACUAGCCAGCCAUAGUUGUGUUUUAGACAUCAUAACCCCUGGUCCCUAAAGAAAUCUAAGUUGACUUUCUCAUUUUACAUCAAAACAAUCUAAAUGACCUUGAUUAUAUCUCAACGAUUAAAUUAUGCAGAGAUUGUGAAAAAUAGUUAUCAUGUAACAAUGCUAUAUUUUUUCACCAUAAUGCUAGCAGAAGAACUACCGUCAGUCUUAAAUGUUGUUGAAUUAUUAUAUAAGCUGCCUGGACCAUACGAAUGAUGUAAUGAAGAGAGCAUUGAACCACAUUGGCAAUGUGAGCAACCUGAGUCUUGUGCCUUCUGAUCAGUCUCAGUUGACUGUUAACUGACCUUCUGAGGCACUUUUCCCAUCUGAGACACCCACAGAUCUAUUGUUCCACACUGGCUAGUCUGAGAGUCAGUCACUGAGAUUGCUUUAUCAUUUAAGCAUCCACAGUUUUUGUGUCACAUUUGAAUGAUGACCAACUGCUAAUGGUUGGUGAUUGGUGUUCUCAAUCAAAUCACAUUGUAGACAUCCAGACCUGUAUCAGGCUUUAUGCUGCAGUGAGAACAUUCUGUGAGGGUCUCAAAGAGAAUACAGCAGCCAUGGUGCUCUGCACUAUGUGUGUGUGAGUGAUUGAGAGUCUUUUUGUCCUUCUGUCUUUUCAGUAAUAAAGAACCUAUGCCCUGCCUAACAA